GUCCAUCGACUAAGGUCAGUGGACAAUUUGUUUGUUGUUGUUCAGGAGUUCAAGGACUAUCAGUUUAAAGAAAACAAGGAAGAUGCUCUAAAGGAUUUGGAAGAUUUGGUUCAAAAGCUGCCUUGGACUGAUCCAUUGAAAGUUUGGGAGCUGAACAACAGCUUAAAAAAGAAAAAGACAAAACGCAAAAAACAAAACCUGCAGAGUACUGCAAGCAAAGAGAAAUUGAAUGAUGAUGGAGAAGAGGAAGGCACAGAUCCAAAAGACGCUGGUAAAGAGGAGGACUGUGCCCAAAUCACUGCAGGGGCAGAACCUGCCAGUGACCAGGAUACAGAAAAGGCAGAAGGAACAGCACCCCAGAAUGGGGGCGAGGAAGAGGGCGAUAACGAACAAUCGGAUGCUAAGGGUGAAUUGCAGGCAGGAUGUGGGGGUGAGGCCAGCGCUGGUGAUGACAGCAAGGCGAGUGACGGGGACACGAAGGUGCUGAAGUUCCGAGUGACGUGCAACAGGGCAGGGGACAAGCACAGCUUCACGUCCAACGACGCUGCGAGGUACUUUGGGGGAGCCGUGCAGGAGCACUUCCAGUGGAAAGCCGACAUGACCAACUUUGACGUAGAGGUUCUUCUGAACAUUCACAAUAAUGAAGUAGUUGUGGGCAUUGCGUUAACUGAAGAGAGUCUCCACAGAAGAAAUAUUACACAUUUUGGACCCACAACUCUUCGUUCAACUCUCGCUUAUGGCAUGCUUAGACUUUGUGACCCGCAGCCCACAGACAUAAUCGUGGAUCCCAUGUGUGGUACGGGUGCGAUACCAAUAGAGGGAGCUACAGAAUGGCCUAGCUGCUACCAUAUUGCUGGUGAUAAUAACCCACAGGCUGUAAAGAGAGCAGCAAACAACAUCUGUUCUUUACUAAAGAAACACGAGAAUAAGGAAAGCAGCGCUCCCUCGGGCAUACCCCUGGACAUCGUGCAGUGGGAUAUCUGCAACCUCCCGCUGCGCACGGGCUCUGUGGACAUCAUUGUGACGGACAUGCCGUUCGGGAAGAGGAUAGGGUCAAAGAAGAAGAACUGGGACCUCUACCCAGCCUGCCUGAUGGAGAUGGGUCGGAUCUGCACACCGGGGACCGGCAGGGCUGUGCUGCUCACGCAGGACAAGAAAUGCUUUGCCAAGGCGCUGUCGCGGAUGGGGCACAUCUGGCGCAAGGGGCAGACAGUGUGGGUGAAUGUAGGGGGACUGCACGCUGCCGUGUACCUUCUGAAACGCACCUGGGAGAGAGCCGAAGAAAAGAAAUCGUUCUGGUAACCUGUGUGAGAGAGGAGAAGAGACACC